AUGAAGCUUACCUGGGACAUCAACGACCCCAAACUGCCGCAGGAGUCCAAGCACUUUGAUGCCUUCCAGGAUUGGCCGGAUGGCUACGUGCGCCUCAUCUACUCCAGCGAGGAGAAGAACGCACAGAGGCACCUCAGUGGCUGGGCCAUGCGCAACACCAACAACCACAACUGCCAGAUCCUCAAGAAAUCCUGUCUGGGGGUGGUGGUGUGCGCCAGGAGCUGCGCCCUGCCCGGCGGUGCCAGGCUGCAGUUGCGCCCUGCCAUAUGUGACAAGGCUCGACAGAAGCAGCAAAAGAAAGCCUGUCCAAACUGCAACGCGGCCCUUGAGCUCAUUCCUUGCCGAGGGCACAGUGGCUAUCCGGUCACUAACUUCUGGAGGCUGGAUGGCAAAGCAAUAUUUUUCCAGGCUAAAGGAGUCCAUGACCACCCUAGGCCAGAGAGUAAAUUGGAGGCAGAGGCAAGGCGAAGUGCAAUUAAGAAGCAAAUAUCCUCUUCUCACCAGUCCCAGAAAAAGAGACCUCUAAACUCAGAGGUGGGAAGAUACCAUGAUAGCAGUGGUUACGUCAAUAACAUGCAGAAUCUGCCCUGCAUGGAUGGCCCAGAAAGAGUCAGCAUCAUCACAGACACCAGUUUUUCAAUUCCAACUCAGUCUUACCCCUGGCCACAAAACGCUGACCUCUACAAAGCACCUUAUGACUCAGCCAGCUUCCAAGAGGACCAGCUAUCGCCAUACCAGAAGUGCCCCAAUCCAAGGAUCUAUGUGUCCAGACCGUGCAGCUAUGAGUUUGGAGUUCCUACUUUUAUAAGCUCCAGUCCUUACCCAUCAUUUUACAAAGAUCCAACAAAUCCUCCCACUGAUGCUGACCCCAUCAAUUUGAAUGGAUCUCACUAUAGUUCUUUGGCCAGCAAUGACAAGAUCUUUGAUAGUACUGGUAGGCUUUAUGGAUUGAAACCAGUUCAGGGGAAAACUGCCGACAGAGAAAGGAGCGACUAUGGUCAGAUGCAAACAAGGGCUAACCACCCUUAUUAUUGUGGUGAGUACCCCAGCAGGUAUGGUACCAGCCCCUCUCCCUUAGCCCCACCGUUACAAACCGUCAUCACGACUACCACAAAAGUGUCCUACCGGGCCUACAAGCCAUCUGCGCUGAAAUGCAGCAACAACCUCUGCGAUAUGAACAACCUUCAGAGCUAUACCCACGUGGCUGAAAACGUUUCGGGUGCUAUCUAUUCAGGGAUGAAGAAUCAGGAAGAUUUUGGGAUGAUCAAGUCAGCGUUGCUCUACCAGCAUGAUGCAAUCCCUGCAAAGGCUGAACCAGCUGAGAGCGUGGAGACCUAUCGGUAUGGGCUACCACUGGGGAACAGCUAUGCUGAGCAUGAAGGACAGGACUUAAGGUUGGAAAGUGCUGAAUAUUGGCUAAACGCUGCCUAA